AACAUUCUGCACCACAUAUACAUUGAAGGGCCGCAGACAGAAGAGAUAUUUAAAAGGAAGGGCGACUCGAACGCGAUUGGUUCCUUGAUAGAGAUGCUGAACGAUUGGAGGGGGUUUGAUGUUGCCAAACAAUCCAUUCACGAUUUAGCUGGCGUCUUAUUGGUUCGAAUUUUAUUCAUCCCCCUCCUAAUAGAGGUGGACAUGGGUCCAUUUUUACUGACCCAACCCAACCCAUCACUUAACUCAACCCAUCCCAACCCAACCCGCCUGAAAAUGCAACUUUUCAACCCGACCCAACCCAACCCACGACCCAUCUGCACGAGUCGCAAUUUUACCAAACAGGCAAAUUUUUACAAAUGA